CCGGGGCCGGUGGCGCCAUGGCCGCCGCUGCGGGGCUGGCGCUGCUGGCGCUGCUGGCGGCGGCCGGGGCCGAGCGGGGCCGGAAGGUGUCCAUGGAGUACAACCCUGGCUGGAACAGCUCCUCUGUGAACCUGCUGCACGUGCGGGCGGUGGGGCCUGAGGACACCCUGCACUACGUCUGGAGCAGCAUCGGGGCCCCUUCUGUGCUCCUGGUGGCCACGCGGAGCCCCAGCAGUGCCCUGAGGGUCAACUGGACCCAACUGCUGUCACCCAGUCCUGCUGGGGCCGUCUGGAUCGACCCUCCCGACAGCGUGGUCUAUUCCACAGCCGUGGUGUUCACCAAGCUCUUCGAGUUCAGCGAGGCCAAACCUUUGGGAGAGCUCUUCUACCCCACCUAUGACCUGUCCGAGUUCUCCUGGGAGAGCCUCAACCACACCCUGAACCACACGGCCCUGACGGCCGAGCUCAGGGGGGUCCCGGCCAGCGACCCCGGCGGCGCCUUCGCCAACGGCAGCCUGGCAUUCCAGGUGACAGCGUUCGAGGGCAGCGGCCGCGCGGAGCGGCUGCCGCGGCUGCUGCACACGGCGGACAGCUCGCAGCUGCAGUUCGUGCUGGCCGGGGCGCUGCCCCGCGGCAACGGCUCGCGCUUCGUGCUGCAGCUGGCCGCGCUCGAGCCGCCGGGGGCGCUGCGGCGCCUGCGCACGCGGAGCUCCAUCGACGAUGAGUACGCGCCCAGCGUCUUCCAGGAGCUGUCUCUGGUGGCCGAGCCCCCGAACGGCAGCACGGGCGGUUCCGCGCUCUCGUUCCUGCACUGGAAGGCCGCCGCCUACGGCUCGCCCAGCCCGCGGCGCGAGGACGGCGUGCGGUGCCGCGCGGGGGCGCUGCGCGCGGCCAACGGGAGCGCGCCCGCGGCCGCCGUGCCGCGCGCCUUCUUCGGGGACGGCCCGGCCGCGCUCAGCGUCCUCAACGUGUCCUUCGGCGGCGAGGAGGGACACGUGUACCAGGAGAGGAGGUACCUCAGCUGGUCGGUGCUGCUGGGCUUCGGGGAGCCCCCCAGGGACAGCUUCUCCCCGCUGGUGAUCUCCAUCGCGGCCGUGGCGCUGGGCACGCCGCUGGCCGUGCUGCUGCUGGGCGGCUGCGGGCUGCUGCUGGCGCGGAGACGGCGCUACUCCGAGUACGAGCCCAUCAACUGAGCGGGCCGGCCCGGAGAGCCCCGGGAUCCUCCCCUCAAAUUGCGGAUCCUCCCAUUCCCGGGAUUCCCGGGAUUCCCGGCUUCCCUUCCGGGAGUGGCCGUGGCUGUGCCGCCCCCUGUGCGUCCCCUCUGCCCCCCGAGGGGACCGGGGGUCACCUGCAGGUGCCCCCUCGCCCCCGUGUCCCCCUGCCCACUGCGGCUCCUGCGCUCCCUGCCCGGGUUUUUCCUGAUCCACGCAGCAAAGGGAAGCGAUGGGGGGAGUUUGGUCAGGAAAAUCCUCCUCUUCCUCUUCUCCUUCUAUUCCUCCUCCUCCUCUUCUUCUCCUCCUCCUCCUUUUCUUCUUCUCCUUUUCUCCUUCUCUUCCUCUUCCUCUUCUUCUCCUCCUCCUCCUUUUCUUCUUCUCUUCCUCCUCCUUCUUCUUUUCUCCUUCUCUUCCUCUUCCUCUUCUCCUCCUCCUCCUCCUUUUCUCCUCUUCCUCCUCCUCUUCCUUUUCUCUUUCUCUUCCUCCUCUUCUUCUUCUCCUCCUCUUCCUCCUCCUCCUUUUCUCCUUCUCUUCCUCCUCUUCUUCUUUUCCUCC